CUUGGAUCGAAAAUCUCGCUGUAUGAACCCCUCAAACGAUUUUGCACCUCUUCCAACACGCCGUUUUUAUCGGUGUUCGGCUUUACCCCCAUGAACAAGGAGUUCUGUCCGGAGUGCAACAAUAUGCUCUAUCCGAAAGAAGACAAGACAGAGAAGCAGUUGUACAUGGCAUGCCGUAACUGUGAGCAUGUGGAGGAGGCGAUGAGCAACAAAGUGGUGGAGAAUGUUUUUCAUCGCGAAUUCACCGAAGAGAUUGACCAGGAAACGGCGAAGGACAUGACGAUGGAUCCAACGUUGUUUAUUGCUAGCGUAAAGUGUGACAGGUGUGGAUACGGAUAUGCGGUGUAUUUCGAGCCUAAGGGAAAUAACCCUGACUUAGAGCUGAAAAUAUGCUACAUUUGUAAGAAAUGUUAUAAUAUUUGGAUGUAGACCGGAAUAACUACUUUGUUAAUUUUUUGGGAGUUUGGAAUAUUACCGCAUGUAUUUGCGCUAUUCCAGGCCUUUUAUCUCGCAGAAUAAUCGGUGAUUGAUACAAAUAAAACAUUUAAUACGCAAUUACCGUACAAUAAUUGAUCGCAAUUUGAUGUUGGC